GCUCCCUCUGCCUCCAUUUUGUGCCAGAACACUGCUGUGCGCCAACAAAAGUACAGACUAAAGGUUAGGAGCGAACAUCUUAAGGAGAUAUCUUCCUUGUAGUUGGAAUCCAAGUAAGUUGCUUUCGAAUUUGCGAAUUUCCUUAGAAACCGAAAGCGGUGCCUUUUGCGCCCUUUUAGUGGUUUUUAAAGCUGGAUCUCGGCCAUCAGUAAAGGAAACUCGCUAGCGUUGAAUCCGAGAGAGACAGACGGACGGGGGGAAAAUGGAGGAGCAGUUCAUCGGAGAGGAUCCGACUAUGAAGAUGGAGGAAGACGAAGAAGCGAGUAUGGAAGAACAGAUACAGGCGGUCAGUGAUGGAGGUCCGGGAGAAAGCGAGGGAUCGAAGAUUGAUGCGAGUAAAAACGAGGAAGAUGAAGGGAAAAUGUUUGUUGGAGGUCUGAGCUGGGACACAACGAAAAAGGACUUGAAAGAUUACUUCGCCAAGUUUGGGGAGGUUGUAGACUGCACUUUAAAGCUGGAUCCUAUGACUGGUCGAUCCAGAGGCUUCGGCUUCAUACUGUUUAAAGAUGCUGAAAGUGUGGAAAAGGUUAUUCAACAAAAAGAACACAAACUUAAUGGAAAAGUGAUCGACCCAAAGAAAGCAAAAGCCAUGAAAUCUAAGGAACCUGUGAAGAAGAUCUUCGUCGGCGGCAUUUCACCAGACACUCCCGAGGAUAAGAUUAGAGAGUACUUUCAUGCAUUUGGAGAGGUGGAGUCUAUUGAGUUGCCAAUGGAGAACAAAACAAAUAAAAGGCGAGGAUUCUGUUUUAUUACCUUCAGUGAGGAGGAACCAGUAAAGAAAAUCAUGGAAAAGAAGUACCAUAACAUUGGCCUAAGCAAGUGUGAAGUCAAAGUGGCAAUGUCAAAGGAGCAGUACCAGCAGCAGCAGUGGGGUGGCAGAGGUGGCUUCACCUCUCGAGGUCGUGGGAGAGGAGGGCCUAAUCAAAAUUGGAACCAGGGAUAUGGAAACUACUGGAAUCAAGGAUAUGGAAAUUAUGGAAACUAUGGCUACAACAAUCAAGGCUAUGGUGGAUACGGGGGAUAUGAUUACUCGGGUUACAACUACUACGGAUAUGGUGACUACAGCAACCAGCAGAGUGGUUACGGCAAAUCUCCAAGGCGAGGUGGCCAUCAAAACAGUUACAAGCCAUACUAGCAUACUACAAGCAUAAACUCCAAAACAUACAUACAGGUAUGCAGUUGUAUUACUUAACCCAAGCCAUCCUUAGCCUUUAACUUAUCCUACAUUAACCACCAUAUUUAAUGUAUUUUGCUUAAUUUUUUGCUUUUCUUUAAAGUUUUUCACAGCACCCUGGAGUGCUUUACUGUAGUGGUUAACAUAGAGACUUCAGUCUUUUGGCAAUAAUGUUACAGCUGGCUUUUGGCUGUUUCUUGCCUUUUUUUUUGUAACAGUAAAAAAAGUUAACAGGUACAGUACUGCUAAAUGGGUACGAGAAAGAAAAUAAGGAUUUGCAACGAAAACGCACAAAAGAAGAAUGUUGUUUCCUAACUCUGACCUUGUUUGUACCUGCCAGCGGGAACUUCCUUGCAGGCCAUGAGCUGACUUCCCGAUUCUCUCAGGCCCGCUCAAUGCGGACAGGGUACGAGAGGCGUACGCUCUCGAAUGCUCCCAUUUGGUAUGGUCUUCCAACAUCCUGUAUAUGAAUUUUCAAAAAAAUCAAAACAAACAAAAAUAACAAGAAAACAUAUAACGGAUACACCAAGCAUUUAUUCUUGCCUUUUUUACAUUCUGUUUAAAAUUCAUGGCAUUUGUUUAUGUAAUACAAUAUAUCUCUGUAAUUUCGUAAUGUCAUUUUUUACAGGUAAUGGUAAAAUACGACACACACUGAAAAAAAAAAUAACUGUUUACUUUUCAAAGGAUACAGCCUUCUCUGGAUUUUCCAGUGUUAAUAUAUAUAUUUAUAUAUAUAUGCACUUUUAAUCUUACAUGUAAUGCUUGCUUUUUUAUUUAUAGCUCGUGUAGCAGUAAUAUCCAGUAGUCCAUGAGCUAAAACCUGGUUUGUACUUGGACACCACUACGUUGGAGAAUUGCUUAAUUUUCAUAUUUGUAUUGUGUUUUAAUGACAGCGGUGGAAGAAGUUCAUUAAUUUCAUCUAACAAAUUCUCUUUUUUAAUCUUUGCAAACCUGAAAAAUUUGCAUGACAAUGUUAUUAUUGUGAAUUUAAAAGUAAAAUCUUCAUAUUUGUGUGUCUUUGCUUAAAUUUAUUAAUUAAGUUUAAUGUAUUUUGGGAUUUUUAUAUUAUGGAAUUUUAAACAAGUAUUUCUAGAUUAUUGCAUUUUAGUAUUAAAGAAGUAGAGUUUUUUUUUUUUCCGAGAAACAUGCCUACAUCUUUUUGUGUAUAAAAUUAAUUCAUUAUUUUAUUUUCUAUUUUUCAGGUGGAGAUAUUUUGGAAGGUAACAUCUGAAGCAAACAUCUUUGAGUCGAGGCAGAUGUUUAUUAAGGAGUGUUAAUGACAAAAAAAAAAAAAACACUUUAAUUACAGCUACUGGCCAUGUACAGUAUGCUUUGUGUUAAUGUCACCUGAUGAAGGUGGAUAUUCCAUUCGUCAUUUAACUUACCCUCAGAUGCAGUAUAACACAAUUUUUUCUAGUGACAUAAUUUCUUGUUUUGUGUUGAUAUGCUAGUUUAUAUUAGCAGAGUUUGAUAGUCCAUUAUUUGCAAACAUUGUGCUCCUAGGUCGUUAGAUCAUUUCUACAUUUCAAUAGUAUUUAUUAGUUAACAUUAAUAUAUGCAAGUACGUUGAUAUAUAUAUUUUUUAGGCUUAGGAGUGUUUUGCUGCGAAAUCAUUUAGUGAUUCUAUGAAUGAAAUAAAAUUGUAAAAAUUCUGAAUUCAA